AUCUCUCAAGGCCUAUCUCUGCCGCUCACAUUCCUGCCCGCAAACUCCAUCAAACCCCUGUCCUUAUGCCCCAAGUCUCCCCUGCAGGUCCUAAGGCAACUCCAGCUGGGAUGGCUGCUGCAGCAUCUCUAAGGGUCGCAGGGGUUCCAGCCCCAUGGGAGGCGCCCUAGGCCUCCCACAGCCCGACCAUCUGUGUUCUGUUUGGCCGCCUGUCCUCAAGCCACUCACCAUGGGGGGCUGCUUCUCCAAGCCCAAGCCAGUGGAGUUCAAGAUUGAGGUGGUGCUGCCCGAGAAGGAGCGGGGCAAGGAUGAACUGUCUGCCAGCGGAAAGGGCAGCCCCCGGGCCUACCAGGGCAAUGGCACAGCCCGCCACUUCCACACCGAGGAGCGCCUGCCAGCCCCUCACUCUUAUCCUGGCCCUCAGGACUGCGUGGAGGCUGCCGUCUGCCAUAUCAAGGACCUAGAGAAUGGCCAGAUGCGGGAAGUGGAGCUGGGCUGGGGGAAGGUGUUGCUGGUGAAGGACAAUGGGGAAUUCCACGCCCUGGGCCACAAGUGCCCUCACUAUGGCGCACCUCUGGUAAAAGGCGUGCUGUCCCGAGGCCGUGUACGCUGCCCCUGGCAUGGUGCCUGCUUCAACAUCAGUACUGGGGACCUGGAGGACUUCCCAGGCCUGGACAGCCUGCACAAGUUCCAGGUGAAGAUUGAAAAGGAGAAAGUGUAUGUCCGCGCCAGCAAGCAGGCCCUGCAGCUGCAGCGAAGGACUAAAGUGAUGGCCAAGUGUAUCUCUCCAAGUGCUGGACACAGUGGCAGUACCAACGUGCUCAUUGUGGGGGCAGGUGCUGCUGGCCUGGUGUGUGCGGAGACACUGCGGCAGGAAGGUUUCUCAGACCGGAUCGUCCUGUGCACACUGGACAGGCAUCUCCCCUAUGACCGGCCAAAGCUUAGCAAGUCUCUGGAUGCGCAGCCUGAACAGCUGGCCCUGAGGCCCAAGGAGUUCUUCCGGGCCUAUGGCAUCGAGGUGCUCACCGAGGCCCAGGUGGUCACAGUGGAUGUGAGAAACAAGAAGGUCGUGUUCAAGGAUGGCUUCAAGCUAGAGUACAGCAAGCUACUGCUGGCCCCUGGGAGCAGCCCUAAAAACCUGAGCUGCAAAGGAAAAGAAGUGGAGAAUGUGUUCACCAUCCGGACUCCUGAGGAUGCCAACCGUGUGGUGAGGCUGGCCCGGGGCCGAAACGCAGUUGUUGUGGGAGCCGGCUUCCUGGGGAUGGAGGUGGCUGCCUAUCUGACUGAGAAGGCCCACUCAGUGUCCGUAGUGGAGCUGGAAGAGACACCAUUCAGGAGGUUCCUGGGGGAGCGUGUGGGUCGUGCCCUCAUGAAGAUGUUUGAGAACAACCGGGUGAAGUUCUACAUGCAGACAGAGGUGUCAGAGCUUCGGGCCCAGGAGGGAAAGCUGAAGGAAGUUGUGCUGAAGAGCAGCAAAGUUGUGCGGGCUGAUGUCUGCGUGGUGGGCAUUGGUGCCGUGCCUGCCACAGGCUUCCUAAAGCAGAGUGGCAUUGGUCUGGAUUCUCGUGGCUUCAUCCCAGUCAACAAGAUGAUGCAGACCAAUGUCCCAGGUGUGUUUGCAGCUGGUGAUGCUGUCACCUUUCCCCUUGCCUGGAGGAACAAUCGGAAAGUGAACAUCCCACACUGGCAGAUGGCUCAUGUCCAGGGGCGUGUUGCGGCCCAGAACAUGCUGGCACAGGAGGCAGAGAUCAGCACAGUGCCCUACCUGUGGACUGCCAUGUUUGGCAAGAGCCUGCGCUAUGCGGGUUAUGGAGAAGGCUUUGAUGAUGUCAUUAUCCAGGGGGACCUGGAAGAACUGAAGUUUGUGGCUUUUUAUACCAAAGGCGACGAGGUCAUUGCUGUGGCUAGCAUGAACUAUGAUCCCAUCGUAUCCAAGGUGGCUGAGGUGUUGGCCUCUGGCCGUGCCAUCCGGAAGCGGGAGGUGGAGACUGGCGACAUGUCUUGGCUCACUGGGAAAGGAUCCUGAGCUCCUAUGCAGUACCCUUGGGCAUGCACAUUGGGACACCAGGGACAGAGGCCAAGCCCUGGUGGCAGGUGCCAAUCUCCAACAUCCGAGGAUUCCCCAAGGCAGAAAUGGAGUCCUCCCAAUGCUUGCCCUUAGCUGCCUGGCUCCCCUCUGGAAAGGCCUCUGCUACCUCCAGAAGAUACUCACCCCACAAGGCCUCAGUUGCCACUGACAGCUGGCACUGGAAAUGGGACAGGCCCGGUAUCUUUUUUCCUCUUUUGGGACUGGACCCCUGGACAACCCUGCAACAUAUUAGACAUUGUUUUGAAAUUAAAAUGCACACAUUUGCA